AUGAAUAAAGAAAUAGAAGAAUUUUUAAAGCAAAAUAAAAGCUUUGUAUAUAACAAAGAAACAAAUAGAAUAAAAUGUGAAGUAACUAAUCAUGAGAUGAUGCCAAAGAUCGAACAAUUAAAGCAACACUUGACAUCAAAGAAAUAUAAAAUGACAAUUGCAUAUACCUUUGAUUACACUAAAUAUGAACCAUAUAUCAUUCAAUCAAGAAAUAACGAAAAGAUAGAGGAGGAGGGGGAGGAGGAGGAGGAGGAGGAGGAGGAUCCAGGUUGUCUAACACUCAAUUUUGGUAACUAUAGAAAAAAGUUAUUUUGUAAAUUGACAGAUCAAGCUUUAAACAAAAUUCCAGAAGAGGUUGAACGUCACAUCAAUGGAAAGAAAUAUCAAGAUGCUUUGAAAUCAAAGCAAGUCGUUGCUACCAAGAGAAAGCGUGACGAUGACGAUGAUGAUCUCGAGGCAGAUGCCAGUGGAGAAAAGGACAACGAUAUUGUAUUCUUUGGUAGUGACGACGAACAAGAAAAGACAAAGGAAAAGGUUGUGGAAUUUGAAGAAAAGGAGGAAAAGGAUGAUGAUGAUGAAAGUGAAGACGAUGAUGAUGAAGAAGACGACGAAGAUCAAGACAAAGAUGAUUCUUUUGAAGCUUUUGCUGAUGAAGAUGAUGAUGAUGAAGUUGAAUCUGAAGGAGAUGACUCUGAUGACUCUGAUGAUUCAUCUGAAGACCAAGAAUCUCAAGAUUCAUCAGAUGAAUCUGAAGAAGAGGAAUCAGAGGAAGAAGAAAAGCCAAAACCAUCAGCCAAACAACAAUCAAAGCCACAACCACCAGCCAAACAGCAAUCAAAACCACAACCACCAGCCAAACAACAAUCAAAGCCACAACCACCAGCCAAACAAUCAAAACAAGAAGCACCAGUUAAACAACAAAUAAAGAAAUCCAGGAAUUACAAUUAA